CCGGCCCUUCGGGUCAGAGACAGUGGCAGCUGUUCUGCAUGGGCGAGUGGGACGGCGAGUCUCAGGAGCCCGAUCUAGAACCUGCCAGCUACAGCCCCGCGGCGCUGAAGCGCUUCGCUGAGCGCUACCAGGGUGGCUACCGACUGCUGCUUCCAGCGCCCUUGUGCUGGAGGCUGCGGAGCUGGAGCCCACGGGCCGCCUAGGGGCGGCGCUGGCCGAGUUCGCGCGAGGACUCGAGCAGCCGUACCCAGAGAAGGACAUGACAAGUUUUCUCACCUCGCUGGCAGAUGCAUACCUGGACAAGGCGCUGCCCAGGAGAAGGAGAGCGCUGAGGUGGAUCCGCAAGACCAGUGACCCGCUGGGCGCCGUGAGGUUGGAGGCCUUGCUGCGCCAGCUCCCUGCGCGCGGACCGCUGCACGAGGAUGCACUGACGGUGCUGGAGGCAGCGGACGCGGAGGAUGCCCGAGCCGCGCUGGAGGAGCUUGCCCAGAGGCCGAACUUGGCGAAUCCGACUCGGGAGCUCAUGGAGCUUUUGCGUACGCUCAGUCGCCAGGGCCCCUUCCAGGACUCAGCGGCGGAGUUGGGCCCUACAGAGGCAGCAAGUGCCGCCGAGGCCGCGGCCGCGGCCGGCCUGGCGCUGCGGCCCGUGGCGGUGCGGCUGCUCGUGCGCACGGAACCCGUGCACGCGGCGGAGGCCUUGCGGGUCUUCCGCGCCACCGGGAGCCAGGACAGGGAUCCAUCUGCCUACCUCAUCUCCCUGCUGAGUGCGCCACUUCGGCCCUCCAAGACCUGGGUCCGGGAGUCAGGGGAUCCUUUGGGCCACGAGGGCCUGAAGGAGUUGCUGGAUCAGUUCCCGCAGCUGCGAGAGACGCUGCAGGACGACAUUUUGUCGGCCAUUGUUUCGACCGAUGCGGCAGAUGCAAAGGCGGCUCUGGUGCAAGUGGCUGAGGCGGAGGCCCAUCCUAAUCCAAACCGCUUGCUGAAGGGCCUGCUGAAGAGCUUGAACUGCGAUAGCCCUCUUGUCGACACUGCAACACCGCUUGGCGAAGAAGGCCUUGAAGAGGAGAUGUUGAGCCAUCCCGAGCUUCGAGGUGAGCUGAGCCCAUGUGCAGCCAGAUUGCUAGCCCGGACGGACGCAUCUCACGCCAAGGAGAUGCUGGAUAAGUUCAGCGCCUCGAGCGACAAGAAGCGGAACCCCUCGGCUUUUCUGGUAUCUAUGAUCAGUGGCAGUGCCUCUUGGGCCAGGGCCCGGCAGCCGCUGGGCGCGGAGGGCUUGGAGCGGCUGCUGCGGCGCUUCCCUCUGCAGCUGGACCCGUCGCUGCAGGCUACGCUCAGGCUGGCGGACGCGGAGGAUGUGAAGGCGGUUCUGGAGGAGUUGGCGCAGCGUCCUGACCUGGAGAACCCGACCAAGAUGGCGCUGGGUCUGCUGCGGAGCUUGAGCGCAAAGGGGCCCUUCCAGGGGGUGGGCCGCCUCUUCGGCCGGUGGCGGGUGGCGAGACUGUUGGAGCAGCGGCCCGAGCUGAUUGCGCUGGGGCCCUGCGCCCUGCGCCUCCUGGAGCGGACCCAGGCGGAGCACGCGAAGAAGUGCCUGGAGCUCCUUGGUGCGAGGUGGAGCACGCUGGACGCGCCCGCGGCGUGGUUCACCUCGUUGCUGCGCCGGCGCCUCGUGAAGGCCAAAGAAGCCAGCGCGGAGCCGCGUGGCCGGCGACUCGCGGCGCACGGGGUGCGCACGUCAGCGGCCAUGUCGCUGGCAGCCGAGCUGCUGGCCGGGGGCACGGCUGGUGCUGUGGGCAUCAUGGCCACGCAGCCCAUGGACACCAUCCGCGACUUGGGUAUACGGCUGCAAAGCAACAGCCACACCCUGGGUCGUUUGCCCUACAAUGGCAUUGUGGACUGCGCCAGAUCCACCUUGCAUGCGGAAGGCGUGAGGGGCCUGUGGAAGGGCUUUGCUUCUCCGACCUUCACUGUGGGUGGCAUGAAUGCGGUGCUGUUCUUGUCCUUUGAGGCAGCAAGCAGGGCUUUGCGGGAUCCAUCCAAAGAAGAGCAGGAUCUGAAGCACAUUUUCCUGGCUGGCUCGAUCGCUGGCACCUUCAGCGCCUUCAUCACUGGUCCCACAGAGCUCGUCAAGUGCCUUGCGCAGACGAACCUGACGAACCAGGGCACGGUUCGAGAAGAGAUUGAAAUCAUGCACCGCCUGGUCACAAAGAAUGGCUUGCUUGGUGCACAUGGCCCGUUGCGUGGGCUAGGGAUGACAGUUCUUCGCGACACACCUAGCAAUGGGCGCUUCGACUGCAAUAGCUGGGAAGUUCGAUUUUGCUUUCUUUAUGGCACUGCGCUGGAAGCCCAUCCCAGGAUUUACUUCACUGUCUAUGAGUUCAUCUCCCGAAACCUGGGCAAGUCUGACAUGUCUAGCUUUGUGGCUGGUGGAUGCGCAGGCACUCCAUGGACGAGACUGCUUCAAGGAUCCAUGACCCCGUAG